UGUUUUGUGGUUCUGACACUGUAUGCGAGAUGGCAGCCCUAAUAAAUGACAUACACUGACAACCAUUUUGGUUAGAUUUAAGUUGUCUUGUGGUUUUAUGUAUAUGAUUAAAAAAAUGAUAUGGCGAUAAAAGAUAUUUGAUAUAUAUCAAAAAAUCCAAAGCAUUUUGUUCGAUUUGAAAUAUCUAAUGUAUUUUGUACAACAAUUGAUGAGCAUUCUAGAGUGAGUGGUCUAGGAUGGGUAAGUAUUCCAGCGAUUCUGAAAAUGAGAAACGCAGCAGUAAAAUCUCGAGUAAAAGCAGAAAACGGAGAUCAUCAUCGUCAAGUUCCAACGAUUCUAGACAUAGACGGAGAAAAGACAAAAAAAGUAGUCUGAGGUCUAGGAGUAAAAGCCGAGACAGAUAUUCUAGAUCAAGGAGAUCUAGAAGCAGAGAAAGCUCCUUAACACAUCAUUCCUCAAAGGCUAAGCACUUCUCCUCUAGCUCAAAGGAUUCUCAUAGAGAUAAAGAUAGGUAUAGAAGGUCAAAUUCCAGAGAAGCUAGGCACAGGAGAUCAGAUUCCAGAGAAGAUAGGCGUAGAAGAUCAGAUUCCAGAGAUAGACACCGGUCACGACGUUCCAGGUCCAAGUCGUAUAUAAGGGAAUAUGUGACCAAACCAAAAAGGAGAUCCAGCGAGAGUUCUAGCAGCAGUGAAAGGAGCACAAAGGCAAAAACCAAAGCUUCAGUUAGCAGGAACAAGACUUCUAAUACUGCUGAUAAUGUGCAAAAGAAAGAGGAUACAAAAGAACCUAGAAGAUCACCCAGUGUAACUAUAAUCGACACCAAAGUGUUGGACGAGAUCAAUGACGAUAUUUUCACUCCAAAGAACUUUAGUUCAAGUAAAAAGGUGCCAGAUAAUAUCCUUAUUGACUUAACCAAGAACACUAUAAAAGUUCCUGAGGUGGAACCAUCCGAACCCGAUAGCAUUUUCCAUCACAAUGUAAGUUUGAUUCAGUUAAUAUUAAAUGCUGAUAUUUGCUUACUAGAGGUAUUACUGGCAAUUGGUAGAUUAUAUGGACAAUGCUUCAGUAUUUUUCUAAACCAUCCUGCAUUUGUCACUCAUAAUACAUUUUUUAAGUUUUAGUUUUUUUAGGUACCUGUAAAGUACGUCAAUAGCAUUACAUGGGGUAAUACCAAUAUACUUUUGACACGAUUUUCAAUUAAAGAAAUUGUUCCACUUAAAACCUACAUUUGAUACCAAUAUAUUUCAGUCUUACACACAGUAUUUUUUUCAGUUAUUCCAAACUGAAGAAGUCCGCAUGGAAAAAUGGGUGAAAGAACUAUUUUACUUCAGACAAAAAGCUCUGCAACAAGGUUCAAAAAAAUGACCAAUGCAUUCAUCAGUGUUAAAUGGACAAUGAUUUUAAUGCUGCUGCCUGUUAUGUUAUCUCUUUAUAAAUGUAUGCAAAAAACAGUGUUGGACCUCUGUGAAUUAGACUCUUGCCCACUUUGCUAUGGUACUAAUAUGUGUAGUGAAAUACAAGCUGGUAAUGUUACCUUGCAGUACAACACUUUGAAAAGUGCAUUUUAUAACAUUUUCAGUGUAAAAAAUGUAUAUUUUGCUAAAUGUGGUGGGAAAAACUGUAUAUUGAAAAAGCUAGUACAUAGACAUGAGUUUUUGGAAAUCGGAAGUCAUGGUGAUACAGAGAUGGAGUUGGUGAAGUACCUGAUGAGCGUCUCAGAUAUAAAAAAAUUCAAAAUUUGCAAUCAACACACAGCCGAGGAAUUUUUGAAGCAGUUGAAAUAUGAUGACAUUAGACACAUUGACAUACUCUUACAACUAAAUGUUGAACCUCUACUGCUCCAGAUAUUCAAUAAAGAAAAUGACUGGCCAAUACCAAAAUUCUAUGGCUCUUGUGGAAGACUCGCUAUCAUGGAGUAUGCUGGAAAAGAUCUGAACACAAUUGAACAUGCUGACUGGUUUAAGAGGGCGUAUGUUGCACAUAAAAUACUAGAAGCUGCUAUCAAUUUCACACUAAAUCACCCUGUAUUUAGGUUGUAUCUGACUGAUAUCUCGCCUGAUAAUAUAGUAGUCGAUGAUCAACUGAGAAUUAGUUUUGUAGACUUGGAACAUGGAAUUUUGAAUUCCAAAUUGCAAGGAAAAAAGAAUCUGCACGCAUCGGAUCAUUAUCUAGACGAGAACUACGCUUUUUCAGAAUCUGAGAUUUGCCAUAGUGACAUUAGCGAUCAUAACAUUUACUCAGUGUGCAAGCUUCUGUUGUCUCAGUUCGCACUAUGGCCUAUGAUGAACAAGGGACUGCUACAUGAUCCUCCGGAGCACGUUAAAAAAGAAUACAGUAACCUUUUUAUUGAUAUCGAGGACUGUUUACAUUCCAAAGAGGGCAAGGAUAGAUUUCUCAUCGCCGAUCAUAUUUUAGACAAUCUUUCAUUGUUGUUGAAAAAUAAUGUUUUCUAAAUAAUUUCAGAUUAAUAAAAAUGAGUGUUAUAUAUUAUGUGUAA